AGACAAGAGACAGAGACACAGACUACAGACAGGGAGACUAAAGACACAGAGACUAAAGACAAAUAAAGAUAAUCAGAUAUAUAUAUCUAUAAUAUUUAUCUGAAUACACUUCAGUCAUAUACUGUAUAAUGUACUUCAUUCCCGCCCACGUCGGCACACGCCGUGUCAGCAGCGAGCGCACCUGUACUCCUCCUCUCUGACGGAACAGGAAGUCGGGAAACGGGAGGAAGAAGAAUCUCGGACGUAAAAGAGAAAAGUUUGUGAAUGUUAAAAGAAAAAUGAGCAGAAUUUAUGAAAACUCGUGUUUACAGAACAAACCCGUCCACAGUGACAAGUUCGACGGCGUCUGGUCUCCAUCUACAUACGAGAGGGGAGCUGGAGUUCUUCUGGAGGGAAAGGUGCUGGACGUCUCCAGACAUGUGGUCAGCGAUGUCAAAAACCACAAGACUCUUGUCUCUCUUGGUUCUGGUCAGGUUCGCUUCUACGUUCUGUAUGUCAAACCCAGCCGCGUCCAUCAGAGGAAGUUUGAUGACAGAGGAAAUGAAAUCGAGCCAAACUUCAGUGACACCAAGAAGGUCAACACAGGUCAUCUCCUGUCAUCCUACAUCUCCAUCGCUAAAGUGGAGGGUGGCGCAGUGACCAGGUGUAACUUUACUGGAGAUGAAAACACUGGAGCUUCAUGGACGGACAAGAUCCUGGCCAACAAAGUCCACGCAGAAGACGCUGAGCGAGGAGGAGGAGGAGGAGGAGCAGCAGGAGGAGGAGAGGGAGCUGAUGAAGAUGAAUGGGACGAGAGAGUAAAUCAUUUCCUGGCAGAACUGAACUGAACCGAGCUUGUGGCAGAUCUCCAGUCUGUCUCUCUCUGUGUCUCUAUGUCUGUGUCUCUCCGUGUCGCUCUCUGUCUCUGUGUCUGUCUCUGUGUCUCUCCGUCUCUCUCUCUGUCUCUGUGUCUCUCUCUGUGUCUGUCUCUUUGUCUCUGUGUCUUUCCAUGUCUGUGUCUGUCUCUGUGUCUGUCUCUGUGUCCUCAUGGUUUAAAAUCUUGCAGCAGGUUUUGACUGUGAUUCACACAUUUAUAUGAGAUCAAAUAUAAAUCUUAAAAAGUCUGGUGGUCAGGUGACUUUAAAGGUGUUUUGUGUUUGAAGUGACGAUUAAAUUUAGCUAAGACUCAUGUAAUCAAAUCUGUGUCACAUGAUCACGUCUUUAUGUCACUGUUAGACGUUUAUAAACCACUCACUCUCCCACACCAAACCUCAUAGAGAAAACCAGUAUUUUUGAAUUCACUAAAAUCAGACAUUUGAACUUGGUGAUGGAGGCAGCAGCGGAUCAACAACUCCUGUGUGUGUGAUGUUAAAAUCACUGAUUUUCUCUAUGAGGUUUGGUGUGGGAGAGUGAGUGGUUUACAAACGUCUGUCUCAUAGUGAGAUAAAGACGUGAUCAUGUGACGUAGAUAUCGUAGAAACUUAAACUGACGUAGAUUUUAUUACACAAGUCUUUUCAGUCCCUCAUACAACCUUUAAACGUGUUUUUAUCCUAAUAUUAAACAGAGUAAAAGAGCUGUUUGUCAAACUGUAUGUUAUCUAUAAUGGGAGAUUCAUGUUAUGACACUGUAUAAUAAUAGGUAAAUAUCACGUGUGAUAAUAGUUAAAUAUCACGUAGUAUAAUAAUUAAAUAUCACAUAUAAUAAUAGGUUAAUAUGUUUAAUAAUGGGUAAAUAUCACGUAUGAUAAUAGGUUAAUAUGUUUAAUAAUGG